AUGAGCGACUCGAUUGUCAUUGUCGGCGCGGGCAUCAUCGGCCUCAACACGGCUCUGGUCCUCGCCGAGAGAGGACACGGCCGUCAUGUCACAGUCGUUGCCGAGUACCUGCCCGGAGACACGGCCGCGACGUACACAUCGCCAUGGGCGGGGUGCAAUUUCUCGGCAAUCUCGGGCACGGAUGCCAACGCUUUACGAUGGGAUCGCCUGGGCUACACACAGCUCAUGAAGACUGCAUCGGCCGACGGCGAGAGGGCUUCUGUCAAGCGCACCCCGGCAAUCGAAUAUUGGGAGGACCAUCUCGACACCAAGAAGAUCAAGGCCAUGUCGGCGUAUCUUGAGGACUUUGCCAUCUUGGCACCCAAGGAGCUCCCGGAGGGGAUCAAGAUUGGCAUAUCCUUUACCACCGUUACGGUGAACGCGCCCAAGUAUAUCGAGCACCUCUACCGGCGUCUCAAGAGUCAAUAUGGCGUCCGAUUCAGGCGCCAGAAGCUCAGCGGGAUCUCGUCGGCUUUUGCCAGCGAAGACACCAGAAUCGCCUUCAACUGCACGGGCCUGGCGGCCGGAACCCUGGCCGGUGUGGAGGACGCCAGAUGCUACCCCACCAGAGGUCAGAUCGUCCUCGCCAGAGCCCCGAGCGUUACGAAGACCACGAUGCGGCACGGAAAGGAGUUCGUGACGUACAUCAUCCCGCGCCCGGGGUCCAAUGGCAAUGUCGUCCUCGGCGGCUAUCUUCAGAAAGGUGUAGGCGAUGCCUCCACUUAUUCGUACGAGGUCCAGUCCAUCCUCGAGAGAACGAAGAGUCUAGAGGCUGAGCUGGCGAAGGAGGAGCCGGAAGUGCUCGCAGCCUUUGCCGGUCUGCGACCGUCGCGAGAGGGGGGAGCCCGGGUCGAGAAGGAGCGAGUGGUCGUCCAUGGCCGCGAGAGGAUGCUGGUACACGAUUACGGCGCAGGGGGUACCGGCUUCCAAGCCGGUUACGGGAUGGCGUCGGAUUCUGUAGAUCUCGUUGCUGAUCUGCUAUCCGGGUUGGCCGACGGCCGUACACGAGCCAAGCUGUAG